CCUCAUUUUGCGGUCCGUAUUAAAUUGUGCACCGUGACAACGACAAAAUCCCCGGCCCGCCCACGACCGGAGGACCCUUUGCGAUUCCUUGGUCUCUGGCAGGUUUUCUCGCGCAACCCACGUCGAUUCCGCUGCUCUGUGACGCCUGUUGCCGCAGUCACAGGCUGAUCCUCUCCACCGCCCGCAUUUGCUGCCGUAGACUGGACGUGUGAGACGCGGCACUUGCGCACAGCUCACGCAGGCACGCCUGCUCCUCCAGUCUUCCCAAGCUCCCGUUUCGUAGAGGGACUGGACUGGACUGGAAGAUGGGACGCAAGAAGGCGGUGCCCCAGCCGCUCUCCAUACCACACACCAAUUUGAACAUCACAAGCAAGACCACUAGCUCUGCAACGACCUCCAACCCACCUGAGCCUACCGCUGCUGCCCAAGCCAUAUCCGCCGCGAACACGCUUACCCCGACUCCUGGGACCGCAUCGUCUACGUCGACAGGCCUCUCCCCAUCCGAUUCUAGAUCCCCAGCCUCUGCGAGCACACGCAUAUCGCCGUUCAGCAGCCGAUUUGCUCAGAAGCGCCCUCAGACUGCACGCGCCGGUCAACCCUCCAAGACCACCGACUUUGACCAGUUCGACCGACGUCGCCCCUCGCAACCAUCCGUCCAAGGCCCAGCACAAUCGCAGAAAGCUGCCGCCUAUCCUCACAUUGCUUCUACCUACAACCCCUCGAGCACAUCCCUCCGAUCAGUGCAAUCGGCAUCGCAAAGCCAAACACCAACCCAAGGUCAACAACCCCAGAAGCAAGUGCAGCACGAGCCCAAAAAGUCGAGAGGCUUCUUCCAUUUCGCGAAGCCCUCCAAGUCUUUCACUCAAUUCACAAGUCAACCUUCCUCCCACAAUUCGACACCCUCACGCGACGAAGCGCAACCAGUUGAACUAGAGCGCGCAGACACAUCCGGUUCCAAUCAAGCAGGUACGUGCGUGCGAGCGCUCCAGUCCCUCGCUUGAGCAAGGCGCAGUCAGAGGGAGCGCACAACUUCCAGUCUUCUGCUCGACGUCCCUUACGUGUGCUGGCUACUUUCGUCAGGGGCUCUGUUCGCUGAUUCAAUGACAUUAUAGGCUCCACCCAUCGCGACGCUG